AUGACACGGGCCAAGGUUCUCUACUUCUCUGGGGAAAUUCCUCAGGGGGACCCUGAGGGAGAUCAGCAGGAAUUGUUCAGGAAGUUGCACCUUCUGAGCAAAGAGAGAAACCACCCUGUUUUGGCCUCAUUCCUCGAAUCAGUGACAUCCGCUGUGAGGGAUGAGUGCAGCCGCCUGAGCCGAAGUCAAAGAAACCUCAUACCGAGCUUCGAGAACGUCCUGGACUUGACCGAUCAUGUUCUCGACUUGAGGAAGACUCCAUUCGGUGGAGCCAUCGAACGGGUCUUGGUCCUCGUGUUUCAGCUCGGGAGCUUUAUUGCAUACCAUGAGGCGAACCCUCUUGAGUAUGACUUCCAACCUUCCAAUACGUUCCUCAUCGCGAGGGGCCCAGGCUUGCUUUCAGCUGCGGCUAUUAGUCUUUCACCUAGACUAUCGAUGAUCCCAAGCAUCAUCGAGGAAAUUACGCGGGUGGCCUUCCGGUUCGGAACUGUCGUUGAUCAGGUCUGCCGCUCCAUCGAGGUAUCUCCAGACGAGAUAAAUGCCGAUGGAGCCUGGAUAUACUGCGCAUAUGGUGUUGACGAAGAAGCCGCCAUCGACGCAGUAGAGCGUUUCAAUGUCGAAAAGUCCGACUUCUUCAAGAAGGCGAAGGUCGUGCCGAUGAAGAAGGUGCAGGGAAUUUGGCACACGGGUCGAGUCUACGGCACAGAAAAUGUCCGGAAUAUCGUGCCAGAGAUCGAAAGUGAUCACCAGAUGCAUCUGGCUGUGUUCUCUCCCAUCACAGGUUCUCCCAUCAAGCCUACACAAGCCAAGCCAGCGCUUGAGGAGAUCAUGGAGGAGAUGCUUACCCAGAGGAUUCGAUGGGACAAGACCAUCGAAGGAGUCACUCUUCGACUAAAGCAGCUCUCGUGCGACACCACUCGACUAAUCGCCAUCCAGCCGUCACAUUAUAUCGAGAGCCUGCUGGAGCAUUGGCAAGCUGAGAUUCCAUCCAUGGAAUCGUCGAGCUUGGCCAUGGUUCCAGCCGUUAUGGACCUUGCUCUAGGAAGAAGUCCACCUCGAGACGCCAAGUCGUCCAAGAUCGCCGUAGUCGGCAUGGCAUGUCGUUUCCCUGGCGGCGCUGAUGACCCAGAAAAGUUCUGGGAACUAUUGGCGCAAGGGCGCGAUGCCCACACUCCGGUCCCGUCCGACAGGUUCGACGUGGAAUCACAUGUCGACCCGGCUGGAAAGAAGCCCAACGCCUCCAAAACCCCUUACGGUUGCUUCGUCAAUGACCCCGGCCUUUUUGAUGCCAUGUUCUUCGGCAUGUCCCCUCGCGAGGCCGAGCAGACAGACCCAAUGCAUCGACUCGCCCUCGUCACUGCUUAUGAGGCUAUGGAGAGCGCGGGCUACGUCCAUGGCCGCGGUAGGGUGCAUACCCGGCGGGUGGGCACUUUCUACGGACAAGCAAGCGAUGACUACCGCGAGGUUAAUUCCGGACAAGAUAUCAAGGCGUACUUCAUCCCCGGAGGAUGCAGAGCGUUCGCUCCAGGGCGCAUCAACUAUUUCUUCAAAUUCUGGGGACCAAGCUUCAGCGUCGACACAGCGUGCUCUUCGAGCCUGGCGGCUAUCCAAGCUGCGUGUACCUCCCUGUGGGCUGGUGAUGUCGAUAUGGCGCUGACCGGUGGCCUCAACAUCAUCACAAACUCGGAUGUCUACGCCGGGUUGAGCAAUGGCCAUUUCUUGUCGCCCACUGGGAACUGCAAGACCUGGGACGAGUCUGCUGACGGAUACUGCCGAGCCGAUGGUGUUGGCAGUGUGGUUCUCAAACGGCUGGAAGAUGCCGAGGCUGACAACGACAACAUUCUCGGGGUCGUGCUGUCUGGAGCCACAGACCAUUCAGCCGAGGCUGUUUCCAUAACUCAUCCACAUGACGUCGCCCAGUCAUUCUUGUAUCGCCAAGUGUCCAGGCGUGCGGGUAUCGAUCCGCUAUCGGUCGGCUACGUUGAGAUGCACGGCACAGGUACUCAGGCAGGAGAUAGCAACGAAAUGAGAUCGGUCACGGAUGUUUUCGCUCCAGACGGUCGGCGGCGGAACUUGCCCCUUCACGUCGGUGCGGCCAAAGCCAACGUGGGGCAUGGUGAGGCAGCCGCCGGAGUGAUGGGCUUCAUGAAGACUAUGCUGGUCCUCCAGAAAGGUAUCAUACCGCCCCACAUCGGCAUCAAGACACGGCUGAACCCAGCGCUUCCUGGGAACCUGGCCGAGAGAGGAGUGGUCAUUCCGUACACCGCGACUAGUUGGGGUCCGAACAGCGAGCGCAAGAGGCUGGCCAUGGUGAACAAUUUCGGAGCUGCAGGUGGAAAUACUUCGCUCAUUGUGGAGGAAGCCACUCCACGGCCGAGAGCGGGCGAGGACACACGACAAGAACAUGUGAUCACCGUCUCGGCAAAGACUGCAUUAUCCCUGCACGACAACAUCAAGCGCCUCAUCGAAUUUGUCGAGCAGAAGAGCGACGUUUCUGUUGCUGACAUUUCUUACACCCUGACGGCGCGGAAGAGCCAUUACAAUUAUCGCGUCUCUGUCCUCGCCAAAUCUCAAGCUGAUAUUGUCAAGCUGCUUGAACCUCAGGUGGAAACCUCUCUGACCCUGACACCGCAUUCUGGGAAGCAGCCUCACAUGGCAUUUGCUUUCACGGGGCAGGGCACAUUCUACCUCGGCAUUGGCGCACAGCUGUACAGGGACUCAACUCUGUUCCGUCAGCAGCUUGAUCAACUGGAUCAUCUCACACGGAGGCAGAACUUCCCCUCGUUCCUGUCCAUAAUCACUGGGACCUGUCUUGCUGAAGACGUUUCGACUGUCACCAUGCACCUGGCAAUUGUGUGCGUGGAGAUUGCCCUGGCUCGUCUGUGGGGCUCUUACGGCAUCACUCCCAGCGUCGUUAUCGGCCACAGCCUCGGCGAGUAUGCCGCAUUGGUCGUUGCCGGUGUUCUCUCUGACAGUGCGGCCGUCUUCCUCGUCGUGGAGAACGUUACUAAGGUCGCGGCUGGCAUUCCCUUCGAGGUUGCCUGUAUCAAUGGUCCCAACGAGACAGUUGUCGGUGGCCCAAUCUCAGACAUGAAGGCCAUUUCAGACUCAUUGGCUGCAUCUGGGCACAGAGCCAUACUUCUGGACGUUCCACAUGCCUAUCACACCAACCAGAUGGACUCUAUCCUGGGGGAGUUUGUCGAACGGAGUCAGGCCAUCGACUUCAAGAAGCCUCGUAUUCCCAUCAUUUCCCCACAACACAGCAGGGUACUAACAGAGGAAGACCCCGUCGAUAGCUCGUACUUGGCUGCUUCGACUAAAGCUACGGUAAACUUCGCUGGAGCUCUGGAAAGCGCGUGGGCAUCAGGGGUCAUUUCCGCGUCCACUAUCUGGCUCGAGAUAGGACACCAUCCGACCAACACGGGCUUCAUAACCCGCACACUACCGUCGACUCGGCUGGCAUGUCCCAGUCUACACCGGGACGCUGAUAAUUGGACUACGCUGGCCAAGGCGCUCACGGCUCUGUACGCAGCGGGCGCUAACAUCGACUGGAACGAAUACCACCGACCGUUCGAGCCAGCUCUCCGACUGGUCGAUGUCCCAACUUAUGCGUGGAACAACAAGAACUACUGGAUUCAGUACCGGGGAGACUGGAAUCUCACUAAGGGGCGAUCUGAAACCGGGCUCGUGCCCAGUUCAACUGUGCAAGCAAAUCACUCGUCUAGCAUUCACCGCAUCGUGUCCGAGCAAUACAGUGCUACCAAGGCUCAGGUGUCAGCUGAGACCAGUAUGACUGAUCCAUCACUUCGAGACGUGAUUGAUGGACACGCCAUGAAUGGAUAUGGGGUUGCUUCUUCCUUCCUCCAUGCGGAUAUGGCAUACACGUUGGCUAAAUAUGUCUUGGAGCGAGGAUCCAAGAAAUUCUCAGCCCCCCUCGGACUCAACGUUACGGACUUUGAGUACCACGAGCCGGUCGUCAGGCAGCGAGACACGAGAUCUGCACAGCUAAUCAUCACGAGCGCCGAGGCCGAUUUUGACAAGAUGGAGGUUCAGAUCAAAUUUUACAAUCCGGCCUCGAAGCAUUGGUACGCUCAUGCCACGGUUCUCUGCGAGGAUACUACGGCCUGGCUGUCGGAUUGGACUCGCCAGAAGAAACUCGUGACCAGCCGAAUCGACGCCCUGAACGCGAUGGCGGCCACUGGCAAGGCCAACAAGCUCUCCACGGAUCUUGCGUACAGCCUCUUCGGCAAGCUUGUGCGGUACUCUUCGUUGUACCAGACAAUGCAGUGGGUGACCCUCAACCAGGACGAAGCUGUGACCGAGGUGUUGUACCCUGAGGACACGAGCGGGACCUGGACUGUGCCGCCGCACUUCAUCGAUGGUGUGGCAUCGCUGCCAGGGUUCAUUCUCAACGGCGGAACACACUACGAUAACAAGAACAACUUCUUCGUCACUCCGUCCUGGAAGUCCAUGCGCUUUGCCAAGCCGCUUACACCCGGUGGUCGACACCAGGCGUAUGUCGCCAUGGUCCCCGGCGGCGACGGCCACAGCUUUGACGGAGAUGUGUAUGUCCUUCAGGAUGGCGAGGUAGUCGGACUCGUUGAGGCCAUCAAGUUCCUUGAAUGGCCAAGGUUGAUGCUCAACCGCUUCUUCACCCCGCCAGAGCCACUGGAGAAGUCGCCGGUGUUGCCCCUGCCUGAGAAGUGGGAACAACCGCGUCCUGUGGUCGCAUUGACUCCACCGUACUCGGACAGGGCCGAGUCCCCGCCGCCCACAGAUGUGCACAACAGCGACAGUGCUCCCGUGUUGACUACGGGAUCGACAACUCCACUGACUCUGACGCCCGGCACGUCGAGACCUCCAGAGCUGGCAGAAGGAAACGACGUGACUCGCCGUGCCCUCGACCUGCUCGCCGAGGAGCUUGCUGUCGAUAUUGGUCUUCUGACGGACGAGGCACAGGUCUCAGACCUGGGCCUCGACUCCCUUAUGUCCCUUGUCAUGUCAACGAGGUUCAGGGAGGAACUAGGUAUCGAGAUAAGGGAUGCCUUCUUCUUGGAGAUCUCCACGAUUGGAGAUCUAAAGAAAAUGCUUCAGUGA